AUUUUAGGAGACGCGACAAAUUUCCCACUAUAUAACACAGACGUCAUCGGAACCCCGCCAUCAGCGUCGCUACAGUAAAUCCAUUUCGCAACUGAGACUGAGUGGCACGUAUAAACAAACAAGUCGCCCACGCCAACGAAAACGACAAAGAGGAUCAAGGGGACGGGGACUGUCCUCUCUGGUCACUCGUAUUGAAAGAUCCCCGCAUUUCCAUACAGUCUUUCAGGCGAAUUUUCGAGCACACAUCCAACAUGCAGCUCCGCGGGUCUUUGGCAGGGCUCUCGGAAGAAAGCCCGGUCACCUUGACACCCACGGAGCCCGAGGAUAUGUGGCACGCGAACAAUCUGAUACGAAACCAAGACAUCCUCAAGGGCCAUGCCAUCCGACGAGUGACGACAGAAAACAGUACCGGCCACACGACCUCGAACCGGGUACACACGGAGCUCACCCUGCGCGUAACCUCGACACUCUUCGAUCCUGCCGCCUCUGCACUUCACGUUUCGGGAAUCGUCACGGUAGAGAACGACGUCGUGCCGCUGGGCAAGUACCACACCCUCGAUCUCGAGCUGAACCGGCCAUUCACACUAUGGAAGAAGGACGGCUGGGACUCGGUUGCCGUCGAGGCGCUUCGCGACGCCCUCAACACGGACAGGGAUGGCGCUGUCGCGGCCAUCGUAAUGCAGGACAACUUUGCCAACAUCUGCCUAAUCAGCGACUACCAGACACUAAUCAAACAGCGCGUCGAGAGCAGCGGCUCGGCCAAGGGAGGAUCCUCUGGCCGGAACGCUAGCAAACGCGAUGGCCCUGACGCCAAGACCACCAAGUUUUUCCGGAUGACUCUCGAUACUCUGCUGCGCAACAUAGAUUUCAAGGGAGAGGCGCGGCCGUUGCUGCUGGCGUCGCCGGGCUACACGGCACAAAAGUUCCGAGAUUUCAUCAAGGAGGAGGCAGCGCGGACGCGCGACAAGAUGCUGGCGCAAAUAGUUAAGAACACGGUCGUGGUGCAUUCGAGCUCGGGCAACGUCUACUCGCUCAACGAAGUCCUCAAAAGCCAGGAGGUGUUGAAGCAGAUGAAGACGAUGAAGUCCGCCCUCAGCUCCAGGGGUAUGGACGACCUCGAAGCCAUGAUUCGGGCGGAUGAUGGUCGCGCGUGCUACGGGUACAGCACUGUCAAGAAGGCCGUCGAAGAGGGCGCGGCCGGACGCGGCGGUGGGGUGCUCUACAUCAACAAUGCGCUCUUCCGGAGUCAGGACAUCGAGGAGCGUAAAAAGUACGUGGCGAUAGUGGACAAGGUCAAGGAGGAUGGCGGCGAGGUCAGGGUGCUAAGCAGCGAUCACGAGGCAGGGGCGAAGUUACAAGCUCUAGGAGGUGUAGCUGCCAUGUUGACGUACCCCUUGGUUUUUGACGAUGAUUCCGACGAGGAUGCUGAAGAUCAGGAAGGGGAUGCUACGGUUCCAACAGAUGCGGGGAGAAAGACAGGGGCCAUAAUAUGAUUUCUUUUUUUGUGCGGGUUAAUUUCAAGACAACCUGACCCAAGCAUGGCUGAACGUCGGUAAAAAGUCAAUACUCGAACUGACUAGCGUCUUCAACUAAUAUUGGACAUGCCCCAAUUCCAUGCUCUUUUUCGCCGCAAAAGUCAAAAUGCAGUCCAGAACGCUGGGCAACCGGCUUCUUCAUGCCGAAGAUGUAGUGGAGCUUUACGUAGUAGCAAAGCCAAGACUCAAUCGGGUUGUUUCUCUAUGCCCAAAAGACA